AAGUCAGUCAUUAUUCGAAAUGACUCAGCAAGAAUAACGGGAAAAGGCAGCAUGACUCAGCAUAACUCCUGUGCUAAAUCAUGCCUACUGACCAACCCGCAUAUCACAGCCACAGUAAUCUGCUAGACCUGAGCUGAGUAACUUCUAUGGUUAUUGAGCUGUAAUGACGGAGAGGAAGGUGCAGGUCACAGUCCUCUUCUUUGCCGUGGCUCGUGACCUUGCGGGCAGGGAGCAGGCAACCUUAUCUCUGACGGCGGACACCAGGCCAGAGAGGCUUCUGUCAGAGAUUGCCCAAACCUUUGACGGCAUUGGGAGGAUAAGAGACAGUGUGGUCAUAUCCCUCAACCAGGAGUAUUGCGAGCCGGAUCAGCAGAUUUCCCUGUCUCCUGGUGAUGAACUGGCAGUCAUUCCGCCCAUAAGUGGAGGAUAAAAGAUAAAGGAAAAAAAAAAACGAAAAUACGAUGGACCACAUUAAGUUAACAGGAGAAGUGCUAUCAACUGGAGAGGUUGCAGAUGCAGUGACCGACCCAAGCUGUGGUGCCGUUAGCCUCUUUGUGGGAACAACACGGAAUAAUUUUCAGGGUCGACAGGUGGUGAGACUGGAGUACGAGGCGUAUGAGGAAAUGGCCGAGAAGGAAAUACUAACCAUUUGUAGGCUGGCCAGAGAGAAGUGGAAUAUCAAGCAUAUAGCUAUCUAUCAUAGAAUGGGUGUCGUUCCUGUAUCGGAAUCGAGUGUUAUAAUAGCAGUCAGUUCAACUCACCGAAGGGAAUCUUUAGAAGCAGCGUCUUUCUUGAUUGAUGAACUGAAGGCUCGAGUGCCCAUUUGGAAGAAGGAAAUGUAUGAUGAUGGAGGAGGGGACUGGAAGAAGAAUAAAGAGUGUGCGUGGAAUAAGGAGGAGGAGAAGGGGAAGAAUACGUAGGGAAAACUAUUGAAUGAAAGGAGAUUGUCUGAUUCUCUUCAAUGGAUUGUCAGAAUCAUGAUUAUUUUGCUAAUCAAUGACAGUUCUGUUUUGUUAAAUAUAAUUUAAAUAGAAUGACAUGUGUGUUUAAUAUUAAUGUUUAGUAAUAAUGUUUUUUGCUCUUUUUUUUCAAUGAAAUUAAUGUAAUUAUGUAAAGGAAUGUGUUAGUAUUGAUUUGAAUAAAUGAUAUGACAUGAAACU